UUGCAGCAGCAGCAGCAGCGAGCAGCCACGGCAUCCGCUGCAGCGGCAGCCGCAGCCUUUGCGCCAAGGGCGUCCGCAGCAGCGGCGGCGGCAGCAUGGCCAGCCCUCCGGAGAGCGACGGCUUCUUCUCCGACGUGCGGAAGGUGGGUUACCUGCGCAAACCCAAGAGCAUGCACAAACGCUUCUUCGUGCUGCGGGCGGCCAGCGAGGCCGGAGGCCCGGCCCGGCUGGAGUACUACGAGAACGAGAAGAAGUGGAGGCACAAGUCCGGGGCCCCCAAGCGCUCCAUCCCCCUGGAGAGCUGCUUCAACAUCAACAAGCGGGCCGACUCCAAGAACAAGCACCUGGUGGCCCUCUACACCCGGGACGAGCACUUCGCCGUCGCCGCCGACAGCGAGUCGGAGCAGGAGAGUUGGUACCAGGCCCUGCUGCAGCUGCACAACCGGGCCAAGGGCCACCACCACCCGCCUCACCACGAAACGGCCUCCGCCGCCUUCGGGGCGGGCGGCGGGGCCGGCGGCUGCACCGGGAGCCUGGGGCCGGGGGAGGCCGGGGAGGACGGCGGCUACGGGGAGGCGGCCCCGGGACCGGCCUUCAGAGAGGUCUGGCAGGUGAUCCUCAAGCCCAAGGGCCUGGGCCAGACCAAGAACCUCGUCGGCAUCUACCGGCUGUGCCUGACCGACAAGACCAUCAGCUUCGUCAAGCUCAACUCGGAGGCGGCGGCCGUGGUCCUGCAGCUGAUGAACAUCCGACGCUGCGGCCACUCGGAGAACUUCUUCUUCAUCGAGGUGGGGCGCUCGGCCGUGACCGGCCCGGGGGAGUUCUGGAUGCAGGUGGAUGACUCGGUGGUGGCCCAGAACAUGCACGAGACCAUCCUGGAGGCCAUGCGGGCCAUGAGCGAAGAGUUCCGGCCCCGCAGCAAGAGCCAGUCGUCGUCCAACUGCUCCAACCCCAUCUCGGUGCCCCUGCGCCGCCACCACCUGGGCAACCCCCCGCCCAGCCAGGUGGGGCUCAGCCGUCGCUCCCGCACCGAGAGCGUCACGGCCACGUCGCCCGCCGGCGGGGCCGGGGCCAGGCCCAACUCUUUCCGCGUCCGCGCCUCCAGCGACGGCGAGGGCACCAUGUCGCGCCCGGCCUCGGUGGACGGGAGCCCCGUGAGCCCCAGCGCCAACCGGACUCACUCGCACCGGCACCGGGGCGGUUCCCGCCUGCACCCGCCCCUCAACCACAGCCGUUCCAUCCCCAUGCCCUCGUCGCGCUGCUCUCCCUCGGCCACGAGCCCCGUCAGCCUGUCGUCCAGCAGCACCAGCGGCCACGGCUCCACCUCGGACUGCCUCUACCCGCGGAGGUCCAGCGCCUCGGUGUCGGGCUCCCCCAGCGACGGGGGCUUCAUCUCCUCCGACGAGUACGGCUCCAGCCCCUGCGACUUCCGCAGCUCCUUCCGCAGCGUCACCCCGGAUUCCCUCGGCCACACCCCCCCGGCCCGGGGGGAGGAGGAGCUGGGCAACUACAUCUGCAUGGGGGGCAAGGCCGCGCCCGGCCCGACGGCCCCCAACGGCCACCACGUCCCGCCCCGGGGGGGCGGCGGCGGCGGCCUCCGCUGCCCCUCCGGGCCGGCGCCGGGCCGGGCGGGCGACGACGCCGGCGACUCGGAGAAGGGUUUCCGGAAGAGGACUCACUCGGCGGGCACGUCCCCGACCAUCUGCCACCAGAAGACGCCCUCUCAGUCCUCCGUGGCCUCCAUCGAGGAGUACAUCGAGAUGGUGCCCUCCUGCCCGGGGGCCGGCCCGGGGGGCCGGCUGCCCUCUCACCGCCACUCGGCCUUCGUGCCCACCCGUUCCUACCCCGAAGGGGGUCUGGAGGCGCACCCUCCGGAGGCACGCGGCGGCAGCCACCACCCCCACCGGGCCCACCCCCCGGGGCCCCACACGGACGACGGCUACAUGCCCAUGUCCCCCGGGGUGGCCCCGGUGCCCGGUGGCCGCAGAGGGGGCGGGGAUUACAUGCCCAUGAGCCCCAAGAGCGUGUCGGCCCCGCAGCAGAUCGUCAACCCCGGCAGGCGUCACGCCCAGCGGGUGGACCCCAACGGCUACAUGAUGAUGUCCCCGAGCGGCAGCUGUUCGCCCGACGGGGGCGGCGGGUCCGGCGGCGGCGGCGGCGCCGGGGGCGGCGGCGGCUACGGGAAGCUGUGGCUGAACGGGGGCGGAAACCACCACCACCCCCAUCACCACCACCACCAUCACCACCACCACCACCACCCGAAGCUCCCCGGAGAGAGCAACGACGGGAAGCUGUUACCCGGCGGCGGCGACUACAUCAACAUGUCCCCGGCGGGGGACUCCGCCACCGGCAGCCCCUCGGACUGCUACUGCGGGCCCGGCGACCCGCACCACAAGCCCGUCUAUUCCUACUUCUCCUUGCCCCGCUCCUUCAAGCACACCCAGCGGCGGGGCGAGGCCGAGGACGGCGGCCACCAUCACUUGCGCCUCUCGGUCAGCUCCGGCCGCCUUCUCUACGCGGCGGCAGCCGAAGACUCCUCCUCGUCCACCAGCAGCGACAGCCUGGGAGGGGGCCAGGAGGGCGGCCACCCCCACCAGGCAGCGCAGCAGCACCAGCUGCCUCGCCGAGUGGACACGGCCGUGCAGACCAGGGGCCGCCCGACCAGGCCUACCCGACUGUCACUGGACGGGCCCAAGGCCAGCACGUUGCCCAGGGCGCGGGAGCAGCAGCAGCCGCCGCUGCUCCCUCCGGAGCCCAAGAGCCCAGGGGAGUACGUCAACAUCGAGUUCGUGGGCGACCCGCCCGGCUUCUCGCGGGGUUCCGCCGUCUCCCUCUGCUCCCCCGCCGUCCGGUGCCAGCCCCAGCUGCACCCCGCCCCGCGGGAGGAAGAGGCUAACUCCGAGGAAUACAUGAACAUGGACCUGGGGCCUCCCCGGCAGCCCGUCCGCCCGGAAGGCCGCGCGGCUAAACCGGGCCGAGGGGGAGCCCUCCCGACGGGGACGGGGACGGGAGGCGUCGGCCGGCCCGGCCGAGCGAUGGCGGGCGGCCGGGAUUACGUGGCCAUGCACGUGGGCGGGCCUUGCCCGGGCUGGGCGGAGACGCCCCCGGCCGUCCUGCUCGGCUACCCCGACUCGCGGGCGGGCUGCCCCGUGGAGACGUCGAGUCCCCCUCGUUCGACGUCCGAGGCCCCGUCUUCCUCCGCCGCUUCCCCUUCGUCCUCCCCCCAGCACCGGGGCCAGGCCGAGCUGGCCGGGCACGCCGCUCUGCUUGGCGGCCCCCAGGGGCCGGGGGCGAUGAGCGCCUUCACCCGGAUCAGCCUCAGCCCCGGCCGCAACCAGAGCGCCAAGGUCAUCCGGGCCGACCCUCAAGGGUGCCGGAGGCGGCACAGCUCGGAGACCUUCUCCUCCGCCUCGAGCGCCGCCCGGGGCAACGGCCUCGCCCCGGCCUACGCGGGGGGUGCCGGCGGCGGGGCCGCGGGGGGCGGCGGCGAGGACGUGAAGCGCCACAGCUCUGCCUCCUUCGAGAACGUGUGGCUCAAGCCCGGUGAGCUGGGGGGCCCUCCCACCAGGAGGGAGCCGCCCCAGCCCUGUGCCGGUGGAGGAUUGGAGAACGGACUCAACUACAUCGACCUGGACUUGGCCAAGGAUUUUAAUCACCGCCCCCAGGAGUGUCUCCCUGGGCUCCAGCCUCCUCCUCCUCGUCAGCCUUGCGGCAGCGGGAGCAGCCGCUCCAGUGAGGAUUUAAGCGCCUACGCGAGCAUCAGCUUCCAGAAGCCACCCGAGGACCUCCAGUAGCAUUAUGGAAAAUUCAGCAGAAUGAUGACCUAUACAACCUCAGCAAAUCCUUCUUUAACUCAUGGGUAUCCGGACUCUAAAAGCUUCAUAUCUAUAUCACAACUAGGACCUCAGAUCCUCUUCCUCAAUAGAUGGUACGAUACAUCCAGUUUAGUUUGUUUACUUUACACAAACCUCAGGAGUUAGUUGACUGAACCGCACAUUCUCUAUUGUACCAAGCAAAAAAGCACUGUGACAAACCAGGACGUAGAGUCUGCCUAACUUCAUCCUCAAAAUCAUACAAGGACUUUAGCUGGCCACGAUGAACUGAUGUGCACACCACUAUAUCAUGUGAGAAUGGGUUUACUACUAGCACAUUUACACAAUACAUUAAAUUUCAUUUGCUGCUGAAAACCUGACAAAUCAGUGUAAAUUAUUCCGUACAAAACUUUUAAUGUGGGUUGAAGAGUAUUAAAUAUUUAACAUAGGUUUUGAUUUAUACAUGUAAUUUUUUAAUUAAAAGGUAACUUUUUUCCUACAACACAUCUUUUUUUUGGAUGUGGAACUGAGGUAUACUAUGAUCUGUUGUAAACAGAGUGGGAAAACUGCUUAAAACAAGGCUAAUAAGAAUAGAGUAGGGUACUAUUCUUGUUUUAAGAUUAUAAUUCAGAAAAUAAUAUAAUAUAAAUCACAGGCCUUCAAAUGGCCUUCGAUUGUACAGUUAUAUUUACUGAUACCGUUUCUUGUAAUAUAACCCCGAUGUGGAGCUGAAUUCCUUACAAAAGAUAAUAAAUUUUGUACUUCUCCUGUAAGACAAUAGGCUGUGUCAACCAAACAGAAGACAAAUUUACUGUAUUUGGUAUUUGCAAGUUUCAGCUCAAACUCAUCAAUUGCACAAAAAAAAUGAGAAAAAAUCAAAGUCUUCCGCUGUAUAUAUUGUAAAAAAAAAAAAAAAAAGCAUUUGGGUGAAUCCUUCAAAUCAAAACUCUCCUUGGAAUGAACAAUUGUGGGUGUUUGUAAAUUCUGGAAAUCUCUUUCUAUGGUAAUAAACUAGAUACUGUUUAUCUUUUUUUCUUCCCCUUUUGUAAGUUGUCUAUCCCUUUUCCUCUAAUCUUUCAGUGCACACAAAUAUUUUAUUCCUGUUUUGUCUUGAGAAUGGUGAGGCAAGUAAGUGCUUGCUGUAUUGAAAUUAAAAUUCCAGAGAGGGUAUUACUACAACUAGGAGAACUCAUCUCACUCUACUUAAAAGAAAAAAAAACAAAAAAAAACCCUUAUCUCGUGUUUUCUGAGAACUUUGGGUGUAAAGUCUUUAAAAGAAUGUAAUUGACCCAUUACGCUUAUAGAGCCCUGGCCUGUUGACGAUUAUUUAAUAAAACACAGGUAUAUAGAGCACUUAAAGGGAAAAUAGCGUACCAUGUACACAUCGUAUCAGUGGAGAAAAACAGAGUUCUAUCCUUUUCCUGUUUGAGAGGGUGGUGUAUCUUGGGAUUUUUCUUUGAGAAAGAAUAAAUUGUAUUGAACAUGUCUUUCAAGAAAUAAUAUUGCCUGCAGAUCUUUUUGUUUUAAUCAGUGAACGUUCUGAUGGUUUAACUUCAAUAGUCUACCCGGCACUAAUCUCCUCUGGUUUUCUCCACACACCCUGCUCUGCAAAAACAGAAAAACUGCAGGGGAUGGAGUUAAAUUGAGACUCCUCAUCCUCUAUGAGGGCUGUGCUACUGUUGACUAAACCUAAUGGCACGUAUCUCUCCGCCAUUUACCUUGUACAUAUCUCAAGCAUCAGCACAAUAUUUUACAUGUUCUGCAAAGAAUACGUGUCUAGCCAUAAGCAUCCAUUGAACUUUUUCCAAAGGACUUGUGGACACACUUAUUGGUUUUAGUAUAGAAUGCUAUUUUCAUAAAUAUAUUUUUGAUAAAAACCUGGCCUUUAAAGACCUUUGCCUUUCAUAUAAUUUGAGGUUUCCUAGCCAAAUGGAUUUACCCUCUGUUUUUUUCUUGGUUUUGACUCAUCCUUUAUUCCUCCAAGAUUUCCUGAGUUCUUAUCAAAUAAAUGACCAUAAUCAGCACACCUGCUU